UCUCUUUUCCGAAGUGCGCGCAACAAGACCUAAAAUCAAGGCAGAGCAGAGAAGAGCCCGCUUCCCGCGCUUGCUUAAUUAAUUAAUUUCGCCGAUAUAUAAAAUGAUUCACGAGCCAUUAUAACAUAAUUAUAAUGCUAAAGCCUUUUUCAGGCGACAUUGCUGCUCCAGUACGUGGGUCUAUAAUAAGCUUUUGGAUCAUGAAUUUUUAGUGCUAUUUUUCUUCGUGUUAAAAUCCACAAGGAGAUGCAAGUGUGUAGUAUGUUUUUGCUUCUGUUGCGACGCCAAAUUGCAUUUGCGGCCGGCACGCCGCUCGAUCCCUAGAUCGUUUUGACCUCCUCCUCCAUUGACUCAGUUUUCCUAGUGGUGGACAAUCGGUCCACCCACCCGUUUUUUUCGAAACGCCAGCCAGCGUUUUCCAAUGAUGCAAUUCCCAUUCACUCGGAUAUUCAAAGUAAUUUUCGUGCUCUCAACAAUUGUCGCCGUCACAGAUUGUUGUUCGAGCCGGAUCUUACUGCUCCGAGAGCAUACGCUAAAAAUUGUGCAGCAUCAGCACAGCCAUAUGCACGAGCAUGCACACGAGUUGCAGCAACAGAUCCAGGAGACAGCGGUUGAGUUGCUCAAUCAGCUGGAGCUACAGCGGAAGCAGCUGGAGGCCUCGGACCAGGAGGCGGCAGCUGACCAGUUGCACCCCGAAACCGAUCCCAAUCGGGGCACGGACAGUCAACUAUAUGAACAACCAAUCGAGGAGACCUCUGUGGAAGUGGAUGCUGACCAGGAAGCGGAUAUCGAUAUGCUCGGAUCCAGUACUGCAACCUGGUUGACCAUCGAAAGCAGCACACCACCCACGGACUCCAAGACAUCGACAGCAACCGCCACCGUAACUCACACAGGAGAACCGCCUCCUGACCAAAGCUCGUCCAAUCCGCCCGAUCUGAGCACAACCGUCGCACCUGAUAAGACAACGGAACGUAGUAAAGAGACCGAGAUUCAGAUGCUGCCCUGCAGCGGGGCCUACAACACCAGCUUCUGCCUCAAUGGCGGCCACUGCUUUCAGCAUCCGAUGGUGAACAACACAGUCUUCCACUCCUGCCUCUGCGUGAACGACUACGAUGGAGAACGGUGCGCCUACAAGAGCUGGAAUGGUGACUACAUCUACACCCCGCUAACGGCUCAGCGCAAGGUCCGGAUGGCGCACAUCGUCUUCUCCUUCCCCGUGCUCAUCAUUCUGUCGUCGCUCUACGUGCUCUUCGCAGCCGUUUUCAUACUCCGCAAUGUGCCGGAUUAUCGCCGGAAGCAGCAGCAACUUCACCUGCAUAAGCAGCGCUUUUUUGUUAGAUGCUGAGAGACCUCCGAAUAGGAGAGAUCCUCCUUUGGAUUUUGUUUUGAUUUGGAAACAAUUUUGGUUUCACCUAUAUACGCCUCUUUGUUGGAUGGCAAAUUCUUUUUGACCAUAUUUCUUUACGUUGCGCAGCGCAAAGUUAAUGCUUUAAUUUAUUGAAUACAUUUAGUGUACUUAGUAGGAUUUUCUAUUUAGUUGCAAAAGACGCACAAUUAGUAUUUGCUUUUCUUUAUCAUUUCUUAGUUUCGUUUGUUUCGCUUUUGAAGCUUUCGUUGGAGCUUUUGUAGUUUGUUUGUAGUAACAUUUUGUUACGUUAAAUUAACCAUUACGAAAUAUUAAGAAUGUACUUAGAACAUAAUCUUAGCGCUUACUCCAGUUUACCAGGACAAAUGAUUAUUUUUGUAACACUUGGUUACAUCAUGUAUAUUGAAAAGAAAAACUAUUUUUGUAGUGUAUUAAAGAAGAGGAACGGGACUCGACUCAAAACAGAACUAAAACAUUCAAAAAAGUGUUUCCUUUCUGCGGUUUUUCGUCUCUCUUUUUUUUCAGCCGGUCAAUAUGAGUGAAGCACGCUUUUGGGUUUUAUAUUUUAUAAUAUAUAUUUUAUCCAAUAUUUCGUCCAAAAAUUCUUUACAAAUUUCUUCGAACUUACAGUUAAAUGUAUAGUAGAAAUUAUUCAAAAAAUUCUCCUCACUUUUAUCAUUUCAUCGUAUAUGAUUUGUUGAUUCCUUUUAUCUAUCAAGAUCAUCAAUAUGAGAAUGGUAUGUAUGCGCAUGUGUGGUGGAUGUGUGCUUGAUGGGUGAUGGAUGUGUUUAAGGGGAUUCCCCCGAUCUGGAAUUCAGAGGCACCAAUAAAAAACUA